AUGCAACAACGGCUUUUCAGCACAGGUGCUCGGGUCUUCGAACGCCAGGUUCCUCGGUUUGUUACGACCUUGAAGGAGGCUUCGAAGCCCGCUUUAGAAAAAUCCCAGCCGAUCACGAAACCCUUCGGCUUCGACUCUCCAACUUACUUGAGUCAUGAAUCAUCUUCCAUCACAAACGUCCUCAGUCUGGCAGCGAGGGAAAAGAGACAGAAACAGCUAGACCACGACAUAGUGCACUCGCCAUUCUAUGAGUCGAAAUCUUUCACGAACACUCAGGGGAAGAUCUUCACUCCUCCAGUGUCUUACUUCAAAAAAGACAAGGCAAAGUAUUUCCCCAGCUUCACGGGCUACACGCUUUUGAACCACAAAAAAAGUCUCUACGACGUUUUGAAAGGAAAGGUUUCUAUCGUACGCAUCUUUUCCACUGUAUCGGGACAGAAUUGUACCGACACCUACACUCCAGAUAAUCUCAGUGCCGAAGGUUACGAGCAGCUCCAAAAACAAUAUCCACACACGCAGAUUGUUGAUGUGAACUUACCACAGAGUUGGAUCAAGGGCCUUUUUGUAAAAUUGGCAAAAUCCAACUUGAGAGGCAUGAUUCCGCCUGCCAGACACGACACGUACUUUAUGUUGUCCAGCAACACCUUCAGUGUAGACGUGAAGAAGACGUUAAUGUGCGAUAACACAUGUUCAGGGUACAUAUACAUUUUGGAUGAGGACGGAAAAAUCCGCUGGGCUACUAGUGGUUUUGCCAAUGACGACGAGACGAAGGUCUUAUGGAGAACGGUGAGAGGGCUAGAAAAGGAGCUUGAGCAGAAGACAAAAGCCUAG